AUGACGAUGUCAUCAUCAAUAAGUGAAUUUCCUACUAAUGCUAUCAGUGAUGAUGAUGAUAUUAAACAACAGUUAAUGUCUGUUGAUCCAGCAGAUCCAGAAAUCAUAUGUAUACUUGAUGUUAUAUAUGAAUCAUGUGCAUACAUUGAGAAGGGAAUACCAAAAUGGCCAAAUACUGAGAGGGAUAUUGGGAUAUUUUAUAGCAGAACCUUAUUUGAGAUUUUAACCAAUGGAGUGGAUCUUCAUUUACAAAAUGCAUUAAAUGGGACUAGUAAAGAUGAGGGUAGUAAACUUGAUUGGCUUUUUUCGGUUCAUGAUCUUGGAAAAGAAUCCUAUUGGGGCUGUGAAUCAGGUUUGUCUGAGAACACUGGCACCAAAAUUGGAAAUAAAACUAAGGUGUCAUCAAACUUUGUAAAAUCCAAGAAAAAUCUUCAUGAUAUGCUCCAAGUCAUUGACAGAACCCUUCCUCCUAGAGCACUUUACUCAAAGUGGUAUGAUGUUUCAGAUAUAGAUUAUUUUGACAUUCCACUGAUGAUCAGUGAAAUCCACCAAGAUCUCAAAUGUUGCAGUGUUAUUUUAAAUGUCCAUAUAGCUAGAGAAGAGAAAUUGAAUGAUUCAAGUAAAGAACCAUGGGUUGCUGAAAAUAGAUCUCCAAAAUAA